UCUGGGCGGUUCGGGGGUGGUUCGGGGGUAGUUCGGGGCACCGUCAUUCGGAGCUUCGUCGUUGUCGCGCCGCCGGCUCCCCGAUGAUGAUGAAGCGGAUAAUGAAGAGCGAGGUGAUCAGCGCGACCAUCGACUCUUACCUGAAACGGCGUCACUAUCAGGACGGCGUUUACCGCAGGGACGAACACUUGUUUUGCCAGAACGGCGAUCAGACGACGCUAAGCGCGACUGCGGAGUGCGGGACCUCGCAGGAGAAUUCGAUUGUGUUCAGUGCCAUUUCCGUUGACACCGCCGCGGCGAAUCAGGCUUAUCAGCGAUUCAAGAAAUGGAUGAACAGCAUACUCAACGAAAACAUAAGAACGGAGUUGCUGGGACUUUUAUAUCCAAUAUUUUGUCAUCUUUACUUGGAAAUGCUACAUACUGGUAAUCGAGAGGCGGCUACCGAUUUUCUAAAGACUCAUCAAAACGAGUUUGUUAGCGAAACGGAGAAAGACUUUUUAGAAGAAUUAUCCAGUGUAUUUUCGGUUCAAGACAUUGAGCUGAGACCUUUGGUAAAAGCGUUCAGGACUAGAAAGUAUAAAGUAGAUCUGUCUGAGUCAUCUCAUAUCUGCCUGAGACAAUAUCUCGCCAAAUACGGGCAUAUAAUAUUAAUGCAGAUUAUAAAUACACAUAUCACAAUAAUCAUAAAGGAAAACAGCCCGCAAAUGGAUGUUGAAGUACCUGAAGACAGAAAUCAAAGAUAUGAAGUAAGUAUUAAUGGCCAUAUGGAACAACCGUCUGGUACCGGUGUGGAUCGUGAAAUGAGAGAAUUGCAGGAAGCUAUACGAUUAAUACACAAUAAUGCUCAUCAACCAUUAAGGUUAUUUACAGUGAGGAAUGCUAUAGAAAAUGCAAGUUGCGGUCUUAUCUCACCUAGGAUGGAUAAAUUAGCUGUAGGUUUUAGUACGGCUGAGAUACGUUUGUGGGGCAUAGGCGAUACGGUCCUGGUCAAAACGAAAAAUAAACGACCAUGUGUUCCGGCCGGCUGUGAUAUAUCACCAUUUUAUAAGUUCAAUGAGCAAGAGAGCACAGUAAGAAGCGAAGCAGGAGCGAUAAUAUUGAGAGGGCAUACGGACGUAGUGCACGAUUUAAGAUUUAUCCCAGAUGUAAAUAUUCUUCUUUCCGUAUCAAGCGAUAAGGAUAUGAGAGCAUGGAGACUUGAUAACUAUUCAUGUACAGCAAUAUAUAGUGGUCAUAGUUACCCUGUAUGGUGCAUGGAUACCAGUGUGUUCAAUUUAUACAUUGCCACCGGCUCACAUGACAGAACUGCAAAAUUGUGGACAUUGGAUAGAACAUAUCCCUUAAGAAUAUUCGCUGGUCACUUCUUAGAUGUCAAUUGCAUAAAAUUUCAUCCAAAUGCAAGAUACUUAGCGACUGGUUCUGCUGACAAAACGGUAAGAUUAUGGUCGAAAGAUGAUGCGAGCCUACAGCGAGUAUACGUUGGAGCGGAAUCGACCAUUUACACUGUAGCUUUUAGUCCAGAUGGCAAAUAUCUGGCUGCUGCAGGCGACGACAAGUCUAUACGCAUAUGGGAUUUAACAACUAAUAAUUUAUUGACUGAACUGAAAGGCCAUAACGAUACAGUCAUGAAUGUAGACUGGAGCUUCGAUGGCCAGUACAUCUCCAGUGCGAGCCUAGAUGGAAUUGUACGAUUAUGGCCUACUCAAGAUUUCAUUAAAACAUUAAAUGGAGAAUCAUCAAGUGUUAUAUCACUGAUAGAGGCACCACAAGUUUAUUCGACAUGUUGCUCAAGCAUUCUUUCAUUGAAUUAUUAUAAAAAAAACAAUUCGUUAAUUUGUAUCGGUACUAAAUAAUCUUUUCAUUAUUUAUUAUCGUACUAGUCAAGUAUAAGCGUUUCUAAAUUUAUUUUUUUAUACUGCAUAGUGAUGAGUUUUCAGCAAACUCGAGACUGCCCUCAUUAAAUUAAUUUGUUAUACAGGGUGAAUUAUUAAGGCUGUCCCAGCCUUUUACCACGAGGGAUGGAUUAUCGACCGAAACUGUAAAAAAACUCGUUAUAUACAUUUCAAUCAUGUAAAACCUAUUUGUAUUUUAAGAGAUAUAAUUAUUAGAUAUUACACGAUUGAAACAUAUGACGAGAUUUUCCAUGCUUUCCAGAGUUGGCUACAGUUGCAGUCGGUAAUCCAUCCCUCAUGAUAAAAGGUUGGGACAACCUUAAUGAUUCACCCUGUAUAUUAUAGAUUCGAGAUUUGGUCACACACACACACACAUACUAUCCACGAUAAGUUUUUACAGUAUUUAUAUGAUUAAUGCAUCACAUUUCAGUAUGUUUCAUACAACUGAAUCCAUAUUACUAUACUCAAUGAUUGUACUUUAAUUUCAUCCUCAUUAUUUUUAACGUUUUUUAUUGUCAAAAGCGUAAUUUAUUAUCUAAAUUAUUAUUUAUCGAUUAAACCAGAUAAACGUAUCUUUUCCAUCUUUUAAUUCUUUUAAUUUUAAUCAUUUUUUGUUUUAAAAUAUUCAAACCUUUAUAUCUCAUGACAUUAAACCAAUCGCUUAUUAAAUUUAUCAUAACUUUUACGCAACGAAAAUUUUUAAGUAUUUAAUAAGGAGUUUCCAAUGAGAAAACAGUGAAUAUGAAUUAGUAAUUCAAUGAAAGAAAUUAUCAGACAUUCUUUUUUCUGUACAACUGUAUAUGUACAUAAAUUUCUAAAUAUUGUUUAAGAAGAAUUCAUUAACAAGUGUGUAUUGGUGUAAAGACUGUAAGUUAUAAAUAAUGUAAAACAGUAGUGAAAGAAUACAAUUUUUAUAAAAACCAAUGUGUAUAUUAU